AUGACUACUGCUGAAAAACUUCUAGGAAAAAUCCCCGAAGGACAUGUUCUCAGAAUUCAAACCACACCACCUUCUAAAAAAACAGGAAUUAACAAAACCUUUAGUUUUAAUGCAACAGCAACCACACAAGAGCAAGAGUUUCAAACAAACAACUGGGACACCGUCUUUGCUGUGCACAUAGCUGAUGUGAACAAGGCAAUCGUAAAUGGAAUGACAAAACAUCCCGAGAAAUACCCACAAGCUUGGAAUUCCACAAUAAAAGGUUCGAUCUUCAGUCCUUCCUACAGUGGAAGUGGAACCUUUGGAGCCUGGCAAGUAACGUUGGGUGGUUCUAGCACCAUUUUGAAGAUGAAGGUUCCUGUUAAAAAUUGUACUAUUAUCGCCAGUUCCACAACUAUCCCGGUGGAAAGUGCAACAGCCUAUAUCGAAGUGCACCUCAAAUUUCUUCCACACGACGAUAAUGAGAAUCAUAAUAUACUCGUUGUAAAAACCACCACCACUUCAUCCACCGAUCCUGUUGUUGUGGUUCUAUCAAUAGUACAAGAUAAUGUAGAUCCCCAAAAUAAUGACAUUAACAAUGCGUUAAAAAACCUUUUACAAAACUGGUUCAAUGAUAACUUGAUUCAGUUCAGCCAUGUUUUUGCUACCGUAGACCUCAACAUUACAGCCGCUGCUGGUGAUGGCUUCCAAUGGCUCCAUCCAACUACCACUAGCUAUGCAUAUAUUGAUGGAGCAACUGAGGACGAUUCUGUUCUUGCAAUUCUUUCUAUGGUAAAUGGCAAUUCCUCUAGCGAUGCAGUGCAAUCAGUUGAAGCUGGCGCUAUUCCUAAAGGUUCUCGAGCCUGUCUAAGUAUUUCCAAGAAAUUGUUUAUUACGCAAAUGAUCAUGCCCAACUUGAAAAACGUAUUUAUAAAGUCGCCGGCAGAUAAUUUUAUAACCACUCACAAUGGAAUGGAGGUUGAAAUCAAAGACUCUAUCGCACUUAAUUCAAUUUUUCAUGCUGGGUUAUAUUACUAUCCAACGAUGACAAAAUAUACAAUGACUAUAAACGUUGACACUAUCGAAAUGUAUAUGUUCAUUCACAUCCCAAUCUCUCCAGGUAUUGAUGCCUAUGCUGAAACAACUAGCUAUUAUCGCAUAAAAUUAGUUACAGCUGAGGAUGGUACCCAAAAGAUGACAUAUGAGAUGGCUAAAGAUCCAGUAACACAUACUUGGCAUGAAGUGGCUGUUUGGGUGGAUAUUGUUGAAGGUCUCGCCGACGUGAUUCUGGCCGUGGUUGCUAUUGGAAUUGCUAAUGCUAUAUCUGCAACAAAAAGUGUCGUUAUUCGUUUAGUCAUUUCUGCUAUUGUUGGAGGACUUGCUGCUGCAGUUGCUGCGGUAUUGGAGAAAAUUCCCGAAUGGAUAGCCGAAGAGAUUCCCAAGGAACUACCAUCACUUGAUGGACUUAUAACUAAUGCAUUCAAAUCUAUAAAUUGGACUGAUUCUGGUGAUUUUGAACUUACAGCAAUAGGUUUUAAUGGGUCGUUCCAAAUGAGUGGUGAUCCACACUUUGGCGAAAAAUAG